CCAUGUCCAACGUCUAUCAAGCAAUCGCAAAUCUUGAUUCAAACGAGGAAAGAACUGCGCUACGAACUUUCUUCACUCAGAAUCCAGAAAAAAGAACUGAAGCGGAACUCAUCCUUCCUACAUGUAGUAAUGAAGAUGUGGUUGCUUAUUUAAAAGAUCUCUUAAAAUCUGAAUUUCCCAAUAAGCGAAUGAAAGUUGAUUAUGGAGACCUGUUGAACUUUUGGAAGGCUUUAAGAACUACUACAAUUGGUGAAAAGGAUAAUUCCCUCAAAUUGCCUGAUAAUAUCCAUUUUUUGGGGAGAACUGACGAAGCUUCAGUCUUAUUUAUUCGUCAAUGUUAUCGUGAUCUGUUCAAGGUUGUUUUUAGCAAUAAUACGAGAAGAUUGAUUAUCACUGGAAAUCCAGGGAUAGGAAAAACGUUUUUUGACUACUAUAUACUUUAUGAGCUCAUGCGAAAAAACGCAACAGUUAUAUACGACAAAGCUAAUAAGUUUCCGAUUUUAUUCAGCAAUCAAACCGCUGUUGUUGGUGAAACUCUAUUCAGUUUUUAUGAUCUUCUAAAUAAACAAGACGUCUGGUAUAUCGUAGACGGUAAAGAACCUCAUGACGUUGAUGCUAAGACAAUUCUUGAAAAGAUUUAUAAAAACAAAGUCGAUAAAAAAAUUGUUGAUGAUUUAUUUUAUAAAUGGGGAGGAAUUCCUCGAUUCGUCUUGGAAAAAGCUAAUGAAGGAACUCAGCAAAAUAAGCUCCAAGAAGCAAUUGACGAAUGUGACGAGAGUAUACUUAUGGGAGAGCAAUUAUUACGAUCUUGA